AGAGCAAGCAGAGCCCAUUGGGAGCUAAUGAGCAACAGCUUUGUUCUAGUUAGGGAGCAGCUGUCUGCAUAAACAAGUGACUAACCCUGGCCCCAGUUGGGUUGUGCCUCCUGCUGCUCAACUCCAGCCAUUAGGGUUGACUGUGUCCCUGCUGUUUGAGAUGUCCCCUCUAUAGAACGACUGUACUAAGUUCUCCAGGAGGCAUCUCUUCAGCCCUUCAUUCAUCCCACCAAACAGCUGUCAACAGAGGGAAAAAAACUAGAGCAGGAAAAUGGGACCGGGGCAAACCAUGGAGAGCCUGCUAUCAAGCGUGCACUGCUCAACCCCCCCCAAAACAGUGCCUAGAAGAUCUGUUCCAAAGGUGAACAAAUGCACUCAGGUUAACAUGGACUUGGAAGAGAAGAAGUCCAGUGCAGACCUGAGCCUUUCUAGGAAGUCAGAGCACUCUCCAGGGAGCACAUCACCCACCCAGAAAGAUUCCUCUUCCUCCCCAGAACAGUCUGUCAUGCCAGCUCUGCCACCACAGCUGCCCCCGCCUCCACCCCUCCCUCCUGGGGGCAAGCUGCCUCUUCCCCCUGUUUCCACGCCUGGCAUGAAUGCCCCAUCACUGCCAUCUCCUCAGCCAUGCAGCAGUCCUGGCUGCAGCCAUCCUGCCUGUGGCUGUGGGGAGCAGCCCCAGGCUAGGAAGACACCGACACUGAGGAUGAAGGUGCUUCACUGGCAGAAGCUGCCCUGUGACGUGGUGAGACAAAGCCACUCCAUAUGGGCUGUGAUGCCAAGCAGCAGCAAGGAGCUUGUGGAACCUGACUAUGCAAGCUUGGAGCUCCUUUUCUCUGUCCCAUCAAGAAUCCCUACGGAGAAAACAGUGCCAAAAAUAAAGAAAACAAAAGAGAUCUCAUUCAUAGGUCCAAAGAAAAGCCUCCUUCUCAGUAUAUUUCUGAAGCAAUUUAAGUGCUCCAAUGAAGAGAUUGCUGCCAUGAUUCAGAAAGGGGACAGAUCCAAGCUGGAUGCUGAGAUCCUGAGACAGCUGCUUAAACUGCUGCCUGAAGACCAGGAGAUAAAUAACCUGAAAUCUUACAAAAAAGAAAAAUCACAGCUGGCAAAUGCAGAUCAGUUUUACCUCCAUCUUUUGGAAGUUCCCAGCUACCAGUUGAGGAUUGAAUGUAUGCUGAUUUGUGAGGAAACAAAAAUUCUGCUGGAGUGUCUGUGGCCAAAAGCACAAGCCAUCAGGACAGCCUGUGAAACAAUUCUUACCAGUCACCGACUGCCAGUGUUUUGCCAAUUGAUUCUUAAAGUUGGAAACUUUCUGAACUAUGGGCGUCACACUGGAGAUGCUGGAGGUUUUAAAAUUAGUGCCUUGCUCAAACUAACAGAAACAAAAGCAAACCAAAACAACAUUACUCUGCUUCACCAUAUUUUGGAGGAGGUUGAAAAAAAACACAGAGAUCUCCUGCAGCUUCCCAGAGAUCUUGACUUUGUUUCCAAGGCAGUGGGAAUGCACUUUGAUGCCAUGCAGGCCGAGGCUGGUGCCAAUUUGAAGAAACUGCUGGAAAUAGAGAAACGUUUACUUUUGUCGACGGAUGAUUUAAAAAUACAGCAUGGAAAAUCUGUGCAAGGCAGCCUCAAUGCUUCAAAGGACCUGCAGAAGGAAUUUGCCACCAUUGAAAAGAAGAAGGAAGAACUUGCAGAUUAUCUUUGUGAAGACCGAAAAAAACUGUCUUUGGAAGAUGUAUUCAACACAAUGAAAACCUUCAGAGAGAUCUUCCUCAAGACCUUACAGGAAAAUCAAGAAAGGAAGGAGCAAGCUGCAAAAUCUGAGAAAAGGAAGAAAUGGUUUAAAGGAGAAGAUGCAAAGAGGCUAAAGGGAGAGUAUGGAAAGUGUCGUACAUUUAGCAAUUAAUUAUUUUUUUAUUAGCUAAUAUUUUGUUAAUUAGAAGGAAUUUAUCUGUUAGCUCUGGCAGAUCUGAUGCAAUGAGAGUGACUUAGAUGAUGUAGUUAUCAAGCAGAUGCAUAGUGAGACAUCAAUUACCAAUUUUCAAGUGCAAGUGAAUGCUUGGAAGAAAUCAUGAUAGGGAUGUUAGAAAAAAAAUAUCACUCCCAAUGAGCAAGUUUCUCCUACUUUGCUCAGAAGUGGAGGAUAUCCUGCUAUUGUUCUGAAUAGUUCUUGGGAGACUUUUAGGACUCUAGAAAGCUGCACACACUUGAACUCCAUGCAGCACAGUAGACAAAUUGUGUCUGGUGUAUUAUUAUUAUUAUCACAUUUGCUUUCUUCUGAUCAGAGAUCUAAUUCCUUGAAGGAGGUAUGUCAGAUCUUAAAGAAGUGUCUGUGCUGAUUGAUGCAGGAAAGCACUUGCUGUGCUGGGCCUCCUUGGGUGUGAAGCAGUGCUAACAUUGGCAUGUUUAUAUUUUAAAUUCUUAUUUUGGCAAAUACUUGGCAUCCACUUUUAUUGAAGGUUUCUGCCAAUAAAAUUUGGUUACAAUUCUUGGUUCUUCAGAGCACCACUGCAAAGAAGCCUUCAGAAGCCACUCCAUCUGAGUGGAGUUCAUGUAAAUUUUGUGCUAGAUCCUCAACCCUUGGAAGACUGUUGUUUUUCUUGUAACUAGUGUCUAAAUAGAUGGCCUCCUUUUAGAUCCUCUUUCACAGUUAUUCACUUUUAGAAAUACAUUUUUAAGAUACAUAAAAUCCAUUGAAAACUGACCUAAACAAAAUUUUCAAUAUUGUCUUGUCAAGUUCUACCACAAAUAUGUUUUACAUACUUUGCAAUCAUAACACACUUAAUGUAAAGUUGCAGGUUAAAAUAAAAAAAAAACCUUUUUUGCUAUAAAUACAAAAGAGUAACGUAGUAUAUGAUAAAAUCAGGAAGCAACAUUUAUCAGCUGUAAGAAUUAAAGGUGUGCUUCAGCCCUGUGAAGAAAAGGAGCACCAAACCAGAAGAACCUUCUGUAUUUCCAGGAGAUAGUUCCACCCAAACUAUCAUUUUUUUCGUUCCUUUGUGAUAACAAAGGUGAGGUGGAUUUAAUUCUUGGGGAGUAUAAACUUGUACAUAAAGAGCAUUUAGAGUUAUUUUUCAGUACUUAUUUUAGAGAACUGUGCAUAGCAGUGGUAACAAAGACAAUCAGGAACUUUUAAAAUCUAUUUUAAUCUCAAUCAGGGUAUGGUGACAAAACAACAAAGGGUAUCAGAUCUGACAUGGCAGGAUGCUGAAGCUCAUCUUAACAUUCUUCAUUCAAUGUAAAAUGGGGCUUUGGGGUUUUUCUAAUCAUUACUGUCUUUUCAUUCCCAUUCUGAAGAAGGGAAUGAAAAGACAGUAAAUCUGGUGAACCCCUAUCAGCCUGUGCUUAAAGGAUUGUCAAGGCCUGGUUCCACAGAGAAUGAAAUUACCCUUUAACUUUGCAGGGAUCUCCCUUAAUGCCAGUGCCACACAGCACACAGGGCAAUCCUGUGCAGGGAUCUUUAAAGGUCCCAGUCCUGCAGUCUCUGAAUCUCUGACCUUCAGUGCAGUCACAUGCUCUGUCAGUGUGAAUAUCUGGUUUGUCCAGUUGUCUGAGGAUCAUUUCUCUGCAGCUGACAGAUCUGCCAGGGACAGCACACAGCAGCAAUGUCCCUCAGGGCCAGCAAUAAUCUUGCUCUCUGGGUUUCAAACAGGAGAGUAAAGUCAGAAGCACCCAUUGCUGAUGUAUUUAGAGAUUACAAGUGAGGACUUGAGCUGCUGAGAACAAAACUUAGUCAAAAACUGCUACCAAAAUCCAAGUGGAGGGUACUAUUUAGACAACUGGGCAAUAUCUUACUUGAUUCCAUAUAUUGAAAACAGCUUUUCUGUGAAUAAGAUUUAAGAUAAGAUUUCCAAAGUAAUUGGCUUUGUAAGACAGGCUUACACUGAUUCCAGGGACUCAGACAUUCUAGGGUUGGGUUGUGGCUUUUUUUAACUCAUCUGGACAUGUUUAUAUAUGUAUGUAUGUUGAUUUUUUUUUCCCCCAUGCUUCAUAGUGAAUUAAGCAACUCCCGUGCUUUAUUUCCUUCAGCUUCUGUUGCAGCAUUACUUCAUUACUUGACAUUUAAAUUCUUCUACACAACUCUAUCAGAUAAUUGCAAGGACUAUAUUAUAUAUGUUAUUUCAAGAAAAAUAACAUAUAUUAUAUAUAUGCUACUACACGAGAAAUAACAUCUGGAGAUUUCUUUAGCUACUAACCAAGUGGAAAAAUUAUCUGUUUCUAAUGGAAAUUUGGGGAUACAGCUAAUGACCAGAGUAAGAAACAGAACAAGAACACUUAAGAAUAAAAUAUGGAAAUAUUAAUUUCAAGAUCUGGUGAGAAUUUAUAUAUGCCACUAAAAUACUGUAACUGCAGCAGAAGAUGAAAUAUUGUUAAAAGAUAAAGAGCAGGUAAGUUUUUGAUGAACAGUACAGAAGUUCCAGAACAUAACUGCUGUCAUUACACAUAGAAAGAAACUGCAAAAACAGACUCCUAAGCCAAUCCAUAUAUUGAUAUAUCCAGAGUCAAAUACAAGAGCUUUCCUCUGGUAAAAUUCUUAUUGUCUGUUUUUACACAGGACUUACUUGCUUGGCUGUAACAAGCUGAUAUAUGAUAAAAUGUCACCAACACAAAUUGCUCUUGCAAUAGUAAAAGCACCUAGUCUUCAAGAUAUGGGGAAAUCAGCUGAUAUUCUACUGCUAAAAUCUUACUGGGUCACUGUUCUAUUGCUUGCUUUGGCUUUUAUAAAGCAUGUAUUAAUGAUUUAGAAACUGUGUAUGAAGGAUAAGCACAACUUUCAGAGCAGAGUUUACUUACAACUGCAUUGUGUUCUAGUAUGUGUUUAUAACCAGGGUGUAUUUUACUUUUGUAUAUCUUCAUUUUAGUAAACAGAGCUAAACAAAAGCACCUGAAUUUGUGAGGCUUAUUAGCUGCAG